CUACUUAGGUGCGCUCUUGGGCAAGUCCUGACACACGCACACAGAAGCACACAGAGAGAGAGGGCAGGCGCAUCGCAUGUGUGGCCGUCUUUGUGCGGUGCAAUGUGGCUUCAGCCACUUACAGCGAUAGUCGAUUUGGUUUUCUUGGCCUCGGCCACCAUGUCGGCCACCAGCUUCUGUGCGAUGUGUAGGCGGGCCUUGUUAGUGUGAUACCCGACCACCUGCACCACACACAUCCACUCGCACACACAGCCAUCCAGCCGCCCUGUGUGUGUGUGUGUGUGUGUGUGUGUGCUCACGGCUGUGUAGAGACGGUCUCCUACCCUACGGUCUCCGGUGAGGGCUGGGCUUCAUCUGGGCUUCGUAUGGCGCACGCCAAUCGUCGAACUGCUUCUUGAGGAUGGGGUCCAUGGAGACGAUCUGCUCCAUACGGCAACAGAGGUCCUGCUUCAGCUUGAUGACCUACCACACACACAGCAUGGUGCCGUCAGCGUGUGUGAGGCGGUGACUCUCUCAAUCGCUCACCGUGUUGCAUACAUACUUCGGCGUACUUUAUGGCCUCCUUUGCCUUGGCGGCCUGCUCGUCGGACCCUGUCAGACACAAUAAAUCCACACACAAAUGACCUCACCCAACACGACCGCGGUCCCCCACCAGUCGAGUUCUUGGCCUUUUCUGCGCACACAAACACAGAUGGCAGGUAACACAUACAUAUCCGCCCGUGUGUUGAGGUGGGGUGGGGUGAGGUGGUUUAACUCACCGAGGAUCUGUGCGGCGUGGUUGCUGAGGUCGGCGUCGUCCCUGCCGAGGCCGCUCUACUGCAUCACCUCGGCGCGGGCCUUCUCCAACUUGUCUCGGAUGUCGAGGAGCUGCUGGAGCUCACUGCAGGCACGUUCGAAUGCCUUCUCGAAUGCCUUCUCGAAGUACGUACACACACACGCACACACACAGACGUGCGCAAGCGUGUAUGUUUCUUUGAUGCAUUUAUCCACCCACCCACCCAUCACUUCCGCAGGGGUCAUGCUCUGCACCAACCUGGCCUGAACACAGCGCACCACACACCACAUUACACACAGCCAUGGAUGGAUGGAUGGAUGGAUAGAUGGCCAUUGUGGGCAUUCUCUCUCUGACCUGUGCCGAUCCCCUCUUGGCGAUCACCUCCUUCCCCUGCCGGACGAAGCUGGCUUGGCGGUGCACCCAUUCCACCAUCUGCUUCAGUUGGCGGUCCAUGUGUGGCAGCAUCUCUCGCACCUGGUUGAUGGCGUAGCGUCCCGGAUCCUCCUCGUCACCGUCGCCGUCUUCAUCCCUGUUGAUACCCACGUACAGACACACACAUGAUGGAUGAGUGUAAAUGAGAGCCUCGCUGGCUGCGACGCAUACACGGUGUCGAUGAUGUGCAGCAGAUGAGUGUAAUGGCAGCUCCUCCUGCGAUAACACACGAGAGACCAGCCCAUGCACCCGUGUACAUGAUGCGCUGUGUUGUGUUGUGUUGUGUGUCAAGGACGCACCUCUUCAUGUCUCGCUCGGCGAUGUCCGGCAGGUUCAACACGGCCUGGCCCAGCUUCUUGACCUCGUCCUCCAGCCUGCAACGCGCGGCGUUGUGGUUUCUGUCUGUUGGCUUCUUCCGUCUCACUCCUUGAUCUUGGCUUCGUAUUGAGCCAUCUUGGCUUGGUGUUGAAUGCCCAAUCUAUCAGACCAAAAGACGCGGUGUCCAUGUGUGCCCCAUUCCUCUCUCUCUGCAUCUUCCUGUUUCACCGGUCGUACGCCGCCUGGAUGGGCCUCACGAUCUUCUUGAGCCUGGCAGCUACAGAGAGCCAAACGAGACAUGCAUACGUUCGUGGCAGCCAGUGUGCUCGCCCGUCCGUCUUACGUGUCUAGCUCGUUGCGAGCGAUGUCACGCUGUUCCUUGACCUGAACCACAUAGCCGCGCAGCUGCUCCACAUUUCCGCGCGUCCGCAAGUAUUUCUCUGUCAGUGACUCCAU